CUACAAUAUGAAUAGAUCAGAGCAAACCAUAACACUUCACAUAAACCACAUAGCAGAGUAAAACUGUUUACUGAUCAGGAAUUAAUUUCAUAAGCCGCCGGUUCGGACAUACCAUACCCCAGCCUCGGUAAACUGGGGACUUGUCCGAAAUAAUCUCUCCCUCUCCACGCCGACCCAGAUGUGCGCUGCAUUCUCUAUCACGACCUUCACUUUUUCAGACAUGAAAAGGCAACACUCUUCCGCCUGAACAAUGGCAGCCUCUGACUCAGAUCCUCUUCCUUCCAUCACCGCAUUUCCCACAAGCAAUCCCCACAACGCCAGCCCCAACCAAUGUCUCGAACCACCAUCCUGAGCUCGCGUGCUCUCACUUCUCUCUCCUCUCUAUCAUCCGGAGUCUGCAGACCAGCUUCAUUUGCCGCUCGUCCGCUGCUCUCGCAAUUACAAUGUCGGAAUAGCUCGCAUUCGCCCAUGGGCGCCGCGGUGGCGUCACACAGAAAGAAAGUCACAAUAAAUACACUGCGCUCAAUGCGCAAGAAGGGGGAACCCAUAGCCAUGAUCACGGCGCAUGACUUCCCCAGUGGACACGUUGCCGACCAUGCUGGCAUGGACAUGGUCCUCGUUGGCGACAGUCUUGCCAUGGUAGCCCUGGGAAUGGAAGACACCAGCGAGAUAGUGUUAGAGGACAUGCUCCUCCACUGCAAGUCCGUCGCACGGGCUACCAAGACAGCAUUCACAAUCGGCGACCUCCCUAUGGGCUGCUAUGAAAUCUCCCCCGAACAAGCCCUCGCCAGCGCCAUCCGCGUCAUCAAAGAAGGCCGCAUGCAAGCAAUCAAGCUCGAGGGCGGCCUGGAAAUGGUGCCCACAAUCCAGAAGAUCACCGCCGCCGGCAUCCCGGUCCUCGGCCACAUCGGCCUAACCCCCCAGCGCCAGAAUGCCCUGGGCGGAUUCAGAGUCCAGGGUAAGACUGCUGCCAGCGCAGUCAAGGUCCUGCACGAUGCUCUUGCCAUCCAGAAAGCGGGGUGCUUUGCUGUCGUUGUGGAAGCUGUACCAGCGGAGGUCGCGGCGUUAAUCACGGAGCGGCUCGAUAUCCCUACCAUUGGUAUUGGCGCAGGCAGUGGCUGCUCUGGUCAGGUGCUGGUGCAGGUCGAUAUGGCGGGGAACUUCCCGCCAGGCCGCUUCCUGCCAAAGUUCGUGAAGCAGUAUGGAGAUGUUUGGGGCGAGACCAAGCGGGCGAUAGAGUCGUAUAGAGAUGAGGUGAAGAGCAGGGCGUACCCGGCGCAAGAGCACACAUACCCGAUCUCCAAGGAUGAGCUCGAGCAGUUUGAACGGGUUCUGGCUAAUACUAGCAAGUCCAGCUUUGGUGGGCCGGAAUAGAGCGGCCGGAAGUAGAUGGGGUGGUGAUAGUUAGCAGGCGGUUGGCUUUUUGAUUUUGGCGGGUUUUUGAAUAUCUCGUUUUCGUAGCAAGCGGUCGAGUGAAGCAUACAUAGCGUCACCAUAUCUUGAAUAUAGCUAUAUUACCCUUAUAA